ACUUUUUUUGCGUCACGGAGCGGAUCAUGAUUCGCAUAAUUGGUCGGAGAACAUGUCCCCACUUCAUCAUGCAGCCAAAUGCGGCUUUGUGGAGUUGGUUGAACUCCUCAUCUUGUACGGAGUAGUCGUUGAUGCAAGGGAUAGGAAUAUAAGGACACCAUUGCACAGUGCUGCAACAUUUAAUCACGUUCGAAUAGUCGAGCUACUUGUGGAGAAUGGAGCAGAUCUAGAGACCAAAGACCAGUUAUCGAUGACGCCUCUGCUGUUGGCAGUGAGCCAUGGAGCAUGCCACACUGUGAAAGCUUUGUUGGACUGCGGAGCAGAUAUAACCGCAGUGGACUCUUCAUUGAAUAGUUGCCUUCAUUUGGCAGUAAUCUUCAAUAAGCCGGAAAUGGUGAAGCUAUUAUUAGAAAGGGACGGAGACAAAUUGAUAAGAUGUAGGGAAAAAGACUUGAAGACAGUGUUUCAUUUGGCAGCUGUUCUGAAAGAUCCAAAGAUUCUGGAAAUUCUCGUUCAAAAGGCGCCGAAAACGGAGGAAUAUUUUUGCCUGCGGGACGCACAGGAGAAAUUGCCUAUUCACGAUGCCGCUGCAAGUGGAUCCCUUAAUUGCUUGCGGGUUCUCACUCUUUGCCCUUUUCUUCUAAAUGAGAGAGACAGCGAAGGAAGUUCGCCUCUUCAUUUAGCUGCCAGCAACAAGCACACGUGGGUACCCCUUAUGAUGUUUUGUUUAAAAAAUACUCCA